AUGUUGCGGGCCAACUCUUACCAACAAACUACUCUACGGCCGGGCAACAAGCCCCAGCUGCCCCCGAUGCGAAGGCAGUCCUUGAUCUUUCGACUACCACCACUGGUGAACAUAAAGCUGUACGUCGACCGAGCCCUCACGAGGGCACGGCGACCGCCGACAGCCAACAGCAAGAAUGCGGAGGACUUGGUCUUUGUGCCUCGCAACGGAAUUUUCGGUGGCCGCAACAGCUUGACCUUCUUCUCAGACGGCAGACUACUUUCGCUAUCGACUCGACUUCGCAACAACAAGGUCAAUGAACUCGUCGGCAGAAUAUCAACGAUCGUCAAUGGCCGGUUGAGGCGGGCUGACUCGACCGCCAACACGCGGCGGAUGCCACAGCCCGACUCCAUCACCGACAUGUACUUCGAGCGCGUCCACCCGGUGUUCCCCUUUCUCGACAAGGCGCUGUUUGAGGCGACGGUGAAUGGGCCCAACUUUCUCACCCUUCUCGAGCGAAGCAAGCCCUGGUCAUGUCUGUAUCACACCAUUCUUGCCUUGGGAUCGCAGUAUGCAGAUGGCGGGACCUUUGAGGCCGGAAAGGGCGAAUCUUGGAGGCUGUUCUCGGUCGCCCUCGGCGGCUUCUCAGAUCUUCUGCUUCUUCCCGACUCACUCACGAUACUGCAAGCUUUAACGGCAAUGUCGGUUUAUGGGUUGGGCAUAUGUGGACUGGCCGUGGAACCAGUCAUCAUGUCCGAAGCAGCAAGGCGAGCCCAGAUCAUGUCGACCAACAACUUCACGGGGACAGCCGCGGUUGCGUAUCAGAAGGCCUUCUGGAUUCUAUACACCAUUGAGAAGAUUACUAGUUUUCACUUUGGAAGGAGUUCUAGCUUCGUUGACAGCGACAUCUUCUGUCCCAUACCCCUUGUCCCUGAGGCAACAGUGGAGGAUGGGUCGGUCUUGGCAAGGAAGAACUCCAACAUGAAAGCAAUUCUCGGAGCAUCUCGGUCUAUCUUGGAGUUGACCACCAUGAUUGAAGUUGAGCCGUACACGGUGACUUGGGUCAUUGCGGGAAUCCCAAUAACGGCACUCUUUGUCUUGUUUGACAUCGUCGUCCACGACCCGCGCCAACCAGAAGUGGCUUCUAACCUAGCUCUUCUCGACAUGGCUGCUGGUCACUUCAGCAGGAUCGAAUACGCAAGUGGCGGCACUCUUCCAGGCUCGCUCAUCGCCGAAUUCGCCAAGAUCGCGAGGGACUAUGUGAAUGAGAUUCAACAUGGCGACAUCAGAAUAUCUGGCCUCGCGCGCUCAUCCACAGCGACGCAAGACUUGGGCACAUCUCUCCCCAGACCGCCGUCCAGCAGGAACAACAUGAAACCCAUGGAAAUGACGCUGGACUUAUCAAAUACCAUGCCUGGCGACGCUUUUGCGACCACUGCGAUGACCAUGCCGUCGAGCUUUGCGGACUUUUCCUUCGACAACGGCCUUGAUCAAGUCUCGCCCGGCGCAUUGAUGGGAACGGACGGCCCGCACGUCUUGGCCUGCGUUUUCUGCCAUCAGCGCAAGAUUAAGUGCGACCGAAAGUCCCCUUGCGCCAACUGCAUCAAGGCCGACCAGCCGUGUAUCCCCUCCACGCGGGCGCCCGCGGGAGCGGGUAGGAGACGCGUAGUUAAGGACUUGUUGGAGAGACUCAACCAGUGCGAGUCGCUUCUGAGCCAGGUCGCACCGCGCGAUGCGGAAGGGCGGCCCUUCACGAGCGAGACGCCCCCGGCUUUCCGCGAUGUAAUGACAACGGCGUCGGCGGCGGCGGCGGAUAGCCCGUCGAUGAUGUCGUACGUGAGCUACGAGGAAGCCCGCAAGCAGCCGGAUCAGAGGCCCACGGGCAAGAUUGUUGUUGAUGAGGGACGUCCGAACACUACUGAGGAUGGCAGCUUGGACAGCCGUGAGUCCAUGGACUUUGACAUCCUGGCCCUCGGCGCGGUAGAGAUGCUUCGCUUAUGGCAGGUCUUCUUGGAACGUGUGAAUCCGAUGACUAAAGUCAUUCACGUUCCAAGUCUAGAGCCUCUUGUGUUCGAAGCUGCAACAGAUCACGGCAAUGUGGCCCCUGAUUUUGAGGCCUUACUCUGUUCCAUUAACGUCCUAGCAAUCAUGGCUUUAUCCGAGGCCGAAUCUGAACAGAUUCUAAAUGUUCCGAAGAACGCAGCUCUAAGAAAAGCUAGCCUUGCUCUGAAAAAGGCAGUAUCGAAAGUCGACUUUCUUCGUAAAUACAACCUUACCAUAUUACAAUGUCUAGUCUUAUACUUGGUAUCACUACAGGGACAAUUCGAUCGCCACGCGUCAUGGAUCCUGACAGGGAUGCUCGUCAGGAUAGCUCAGAGAAUGGGACUCCAUCGCGACGGAGAGCUAAUCGGCCUUACACCCUUCGAGACCGAGAUGCGUAGACGGAUAUGGUGGCAAAUCAUCAUGCUCGAGACCAAAUACGCCGUUCUCGCAGGAUUCUGCGAUACUCUACUGCCGCCAAAUUGGGACACGAAGCUCCCGAGUAAUCUCAACGACGCGGACCUGCUGCCUGGUUCCUUAGAGCCUUUAAGGUCCCGAGAAGGCGCCACAGAAAUGGCAUUCUGUCUAAUGCUGUACGAGUCGAGGCAUUUCUUCUGCGAGAAUCCUGUCCCGGAAUUCGAAUCUGUCGUCUUAGGCCAGGGAGACCUGAAUGCGGAUAGAUCAAAGGCCAUUGAAGGACCACAAUCCCUGGACAAGUACCGUGUGAUAGUAGACCAGCUUGAAGAACGACUCAUCGUGGCUGAGAAGCGAUAUUGCAACCCGACCAUUGGAGGGAUCCACGUCUUGGCCUGCAAGCUUCGACCUCUCGUGGCCCAGCGGAUGCGCGACAUGAUCGCCCACGCUCGAGAACCCUGGAAGGAGGACGCGGAUAGUCUAGCUGGCCAGCAAUCGUUAUUCAGGCUCUGGGUCAUCCACUUCGAGAGUGAUCUGAACUGGUACGAUACCAUUGACGACCGGUUCCGGUGGUACCCCAAACUUCACCUCCAAGCAGACGCGUUUUCUGUCAUGAUCGAGUUGUUACAGUGGCAGCCUGUGGGAACUUUGGUCGAUAGGGCGUGGAAGGCUAUUGACAGAGUCUUCUUUUACCAUCCGGAGCUCUAUGAUCUCAGCAAACGAGAGAACGUGCAGCGUGCGGAGAACCUGCUGGCUGGAUGGCAAAGACGCGAGCUGGCGUUCCGCAAUGUUGGCCAGAGCAUCGAGACACCGGUUGUUAUUGAGAGACUCAGGGGCAGCGGCAACUUCCCAGCAAGCAAGGCCGAGUCCUUUCCGGAGCCGUUUUCAACCGCCACAGCAGACUCCACCUUGUUUCCUGGGCUUCAUAACUCUGGGUUCGAUGGGUUCGAUGGGAACGUGCUCCUCAACACGGACGCGGCCUCGUUCUUUUGGGAUGGCGCAGGGGAACAUCACGCGCAUUAG